AUGGCGACUCUAACCAAUGCCGAGAUCGAGAAGCUGUUCUCGGGCGCGCCCCAGUAUUUUGCCCGGUCUCAGGGUACUGGCACCGGUGCCCCGCAUCCGUCCGUGGCUUUCCCCUGGGACGAGGACCUGCGCAUCCGGGACCUGACUGAUCACACCCAGAUUGAAGACGAUGCAUGGGGCAGCAUUACCACCGUUCCGCGGCUCAUCCAGCGCGAUCCGCUGUCGGCAACUACGCCCUCUGGAAGGAAGCGGCCCCAUUUCAAGGUCAAGGCCCAGGAACGGCCAAACAUGCUCAGCAUGCAGGGCCUUGAAAAGGGCACCAUGGGCUAUCAGGCUGCUCUGGAGCUGUCUGUUGCCGAUGCCCUCCAAGAGGAGCAGUAUGGCUUUGAUAGCAUUGGCUCCAAAUCCACCGUUGUUGUUCAACAGCGCCAGCGGCUUAUAACAUCGAAAGACGGGCUUCGCCACAUGGAGGAGGCCGCUGUCAUGGAACAAUUGCUGCAAUGCGAGGAAAGAUAUCAAGGUACCAACCCAGAAAGGUCAUGCAGUGCUCACGACCUCUACCAUGACCUGUUCUCCAAGGUUUUGUACCCGCCAACCAAGGUUAUUGAUCGAAACGACCCCUAUAGUCUUCCAGUGCAGAUACACGCGCUAGUCAAGGUCUUGGCAGCCCCCAAUGCCUGGAUUGACUUCUCGAGGGUGGAAUGGCGCAUUCGAUUGGGUCAGAUACUCUGGGGCUUUCCCAUGGAUGAUGAGCUGGAAGACGGUUCAUCGAUCAACGAAGGCCUUCAUGAUCAGGAUAGAAGUGAGGAACGAUACUGGUUGCUGCUGCAGGUUAUGCUUGCAUGCGAGCUGCUGUUGCGUCUCGAUGCGAUCACGGAGGGUGAUGAGUUUGGCGGCGGCAACUUGAAAGCAUCUGAAAUACACAAGUUUGAAAAGGAAGCAAACUUGUCAGUGAGGUGGUCAUUACUUCUCGCCCGAACCUGGCUCGAGAAUAUCACCAUUAACAAGACAGAUGCGCCAACUUCAGGAACGGCUACUCCGAAAGGAUGGCUGACUUCUCUGACAAGCAAAAUGACUUUGAAACACGACCAUUUGCAUGGUUUUCAUCAUGCCGACCAUGGUCACCAUAGACGCUCACUUAGUCAUGUGGAGCACCACUACACGAUUCAGGGCCGCUUCAUCGAACGACAAAUUUUUGGCUUGACACAAUUCGCUCGCAAGCUUCGAUGGCCUGACAUUGAGUCGUAUCUUACGCGUGUAUCUAUAAACACGCCCGUCAUUGCCCAAGCAACCCCGAUCAACUCCCCUUUGCCAACAAGCGACACCCAGCGGUCAUCAUACUUUGGAGACAGCAAGAGAUCAGGCGAGCUUGAAAGAAAGCCGUCGAGGAGACGCAAGAUUGGCGCAGCAUUGCAUUUCGCUGGAUGGCUGUCGAAGUCUUAUGUUUCUGGCUUGGUACUUCCUGGAGAAGCACUUUCCCAUUUUCUAAUGUCAACGUUGCUCGAGAACGACCAAGAAGCCAUGGCCAGACUGGGACCCAUGGCAAACCUUUGCGGCGGGUUUGUUUAUGGUGAAAAGAGCUUUUGGAGUACUGCGUGCAUAGUCGGGCGGGUUUUGGCUGCUGGCAGAGGCUCUGCCGAGUGCAUGGGCUGGAUCUCAUCCGACGUACUCCCCGAGGGCCUCUCCGAUGGCUGGCUUAACAUUGACGUGGAUGAAGUGCCCGAGGACAUUGCCAAGACUGGCAAGAAGGCACGCCUUUGGGGCAAACUUGCUAUUGAGCGCGAGUCGGAUGUAUUGGGGGAUGCCGAUUUCUCAAACGUUCUGCCGGCCGACUUUAUUGUCCCUUACGAGAACAACCACGCUGAACCACCCCCGGCCAACAUAAGAAUCAGUCUCAAGUCUCUAGAUUUGAAUGCGCAAGUGGACAGUAUCCAGUCGACUCCAGUCUUUGAGGACAUGACGCCAUUUUCUGAGCACUCUCAGACUUCCGAAAUUCGCACGUACCCAGCUUCUUUGGCGUUUUCAAUGACACACGACGGUCUUGAUGGCGAGCAUGAAAUGGAGUACUCCCUUGCAAGAGAUGUAUACUUUGUCACCGCGCACCCUUGUGCGCCCUCGAGUUAUGUCAAAUACUUCAAAUCACCGUCGAGCCCCACGAUUCAGCAAAUCGAUCUUCAGAAUCAAGACUGGAAUGCCAGGGCUACCGCGCCAGCCAAUAUCACAGGACACCCACUGCAUAAAUAUUAUACUUACAAGGCAAUUCACUUUGUCGACUUGAUCAACCGACCCGAAGCAACACUUGAGGAGCUUCUCGGCAUUGACUCGACCUCUACCAAUAAUCUAACGGCCGCAACUUCAAAGGGACCUCGAGUUCUGGUGGUUGAUUGUAUCACGGGCGUUGCUCCGCCUCCCUCGCCCGAAAUGGCGAGCCUGUCUCGAAUGAGCUCCAUAUCAUCAUCUUUUGGUCUCGAGCCUACCGUCACACAACUCCAACUGCCAACGCCACCACGAGAAACAGUCGAGAGACCAAACACAACGGCAUCUGCAGGCAACAGGGUCUCUAGAAUUGAUCCACCCAGCCCCGACUCAAAAAUGAGGCUGCCCACUCGCAGGAGGCAAUUCGGAUCCGAUCUGGAGAUUCUUGUGCGAGCUCUGUGCGCUGAAAGAGGCUGGAAUGCGCUCAUCAGUCGCCGUCGCAGAGGUUGCUUGGCUUGUGCCAUUCGAGAAGCCGGAGCGUUGGGCUGGAAGGUCAUUAUCCGCGUCGAAUGA